CCAUAUCAUUUCAUAUUCCAUCUAUUUAAAGCUGGGAUCUCUUCACUUGUAGUUGAAGACGAAUUUAUUGUUUUUAUUGACAACUCUGCUCUGAAGGAUCAUUCAUCAAGAGGCAUAUAAUUUUUUGAUUGAGGAAACCAACCAAUCAUCUACCGUCUUCUUCCCUCCCCGGCUCUCCGUGCGGCCCCCGAAACCCUAAUUUUCUCUCUCCCCGCCCGGAUGCGAUUCGUCGGAACCCUACCGCCGUUCGCCAAAUCGUUCAUAGAAAAGGGAAAGAAAUCCAUUGCUUGAUGGCGAUUUCUGAAACCUAAGCCUGUUUAUGGAUGAAUGCGAUCGCAAUUUCCGAGUGUUCGAUCUCCGUAUAGAGCGAUAGAAGCGAGAUGAUGAGACAAGAGUUUUCAUCUACCGGCGCCGUCGCCGCCUUCUCUAGCACCACCGUUUGCGACCGUUGCAGGAAGGCGGAGCGGCUUGUGCUCCACGGCGUCCGCCAAGAGGGCCAUCUCAUGAAGGUCUGCAGUACCUGCGUCCUCCAACUCCACCCUCAGUUCUUCUGCCCCACCUGCUUCACCGUCUACAUACCUUCCCAGCCUCGUUCAUUUCAAAAAGACGUCGUCAGCUGCGUCGAUUGUCACUCCAACUCCCACACCCAGUGCGUGGGCCACACCCCACCCAACCCUUACCGAUGCCCCCUCUGCGUUUCCCCUGAUUCCGAUAUAUUCACCUUUAGGAAAGUCCCUAAUGCGGAUGGUAAGUCUGGGAGUAGUGACCACUGUAGGGUCAUUGAUAAAAGUGCCGCAAGGAUUUUAUUUGCAGCGUCUAGGAUUGCGGCAACUUCGAUGAGUGCUGCAGCUGCUUCGGCAAGAGAUAAUGCAGAGAAGAAAGUAAAGGAAGCGGCCUUUUCUAGGAAACGCGCCAGGGAGGCACUGGAACAUGUUUCCUAUAUGGCUGCUGCGGAGGAGAGGAUGAGGAGGAAUGAGGUUUUGUUGGUUCAGAGGGGAAUAAUGGGUGGCAUUGGAAGCAAUAGUGUGGUGGUGAGGAAUCAAGUGGAAAAUAUGGACAAUGUUGAUAAACCUAGUGAGGUUGUGGCAGCUUUGAACAAGGAACUGGCGGAAGUGCAAUUUCCGAAUAACAUUGUUCACAUGGAUGUAGAGGAUGAUGGGUUGAGUGUGGCUCCUGAUUCCCUUACUGGGCUACCAAUUGUUCAGAAUCACGAAGAUAGUCAUGAGAAUGGAAUGGCUGAGGAUAUUGCUGAGUUUGAUAUUGCUAAUGAUCAAGAAGUGAGUAUUAAUAUUAUUGGAGUGGGUUCUUUACCUGCUCAAGAGGAGCAAGAUCAGCAAAACAGAUUGAUUCUUGCCGCGGAACAGAACAAUGUUAAUCUAAGUACAGUUUGAUGGUGCUUUAUGGCAAAGGCUUCUCUUUGCAAGAGGCUAGUAUUUUUGGACCUUGAUAGGGAUGAAAAGUGCAUAAAUUUUGUGAGUUGAGGGAUUCUUGUUAUUAGUAAAGCUUUUUCUUAAUGCUAGAGUGUAGUUCUAUGUAGAAAUUUCAAGAGCUUGUGUUGUACUUAUGUAGUUAUGUACGUAGUAUGAUAUUUCUAGAUGCAUUGAUUUCUGAUGCUUUACUGAAGUGUAGA